AUGCUUGAAAAGGAUCUUUCAGACGGUUUAAUUUUGCGGUGGGCUACACCGGAUGAUCUCCAAAAAGUCCCUGACCUUGUCGUAGAAGUUUUCUCUACUCCAGAUAUGCAAGUAGAUUCCCUAGGUGAAAGGUUCCGAAAAAUCAUGGUCGGGGAAGGUGGGCUCAUGACGAGCGAUGACUGCCUGGUUGUUGUUGAUACCAAGAAAGAAGGUGAUCCGGUUAUUGCGUGUACAAGUUACUGGCAGGAGAUGCAGACUUAUGAAGGCAUUCCAUUCAAUGCUGGCAGACCAGCUUGGGUGGGUGUAAGAAACGCUCCAGAGUAUCGAGGAAAACGAAUAAUGAAUCACAUCAUGGACGCUUUGCAUGCACGAAGCAAAGAUGAUGGUACCAUGGUCCAAGUUAUCCACGGUAUUAAUUGGUACUAUCGACAGUUCGGAUACGAAUACGGAGUCGACUAUGGCAAGAGAAGUAAGGUGUGGCUAUCAUCGGUACCACGGCUAGAGAAGGGCAGUGUCGAACGCUUGAGAUAUCGCCGCGCAACUGUCGAUGACAUUCCAACUAUGUUAGAGUUCGAUAAAGCUCAAGGACGUGGUGGCGCAGUUCACAUUCCUUUGUCAGAAGCCUGGAUCAAGGGUCAGAUUGAGGACAUGCACCGUCAAGAUACUAACAAGACACAUGUGGUGGGCAAAUAUGUGCUCAUGUUUGAAGACGAAUCUGACAAUGUGGUUGGAUUUUGCGUUGUUCCAGGUUUUGGAGAUGAAAAGGACAGAACAUUAAUAGGUAUCUAUCAAAUUGGAUUCGCUCCACACAUCGAUAUACCGACGGUCCUAUUUUCUGCCAUGCGUAACGUUAUCGCUUUUGCAAAGAGUGCAGUGGACGAAGAGCGAUUCCAACAGUUGACGUCAUUAGGAUGGCACGUAUCACGCUGGCACCCUGUUGUGGAAGCCAUCCCAUCCCACCUGCGCAACUUUGCAAAGAUUCCAUAUGAAGAUCCCUCCUAUUAUUACCGAGUUUCUGACCUAAGCACAUUCAUACAGCAUAUCCUCCCGGCACUAAACUUGCGCUUAAAGAGUUCACUCACACACAAGAACUUUACAGGCUCGGUGAAGGUCUCAAUGUAUACUCCAAGGCACCCUGGAUUCGAACUGCAGAUCGAGAGCGGCGUCAUCGUCAACACUCUCCCAUAUGUUAAGCGUGAUCAGUCGGAGGAUCCUACCGUUGCGUAUUUCCCACCCUUUGUUUUCUUACAAGUACUGUUCGGGCGAAAAUCUAUAGCAGAACUUGAAGAAAUAUUCCCAGAUGUAGAGAUGGAAGAAAGCACAGAGAAGCUUCUGAGCGUUAUCUUCCCUAAAAAAGUUUCCAUCAUCCACCACUAUAUGUGA